GCAAACGAUGCGGAUGGCAAGCCUAUGCUGGAGACCAGGCCUGAUCCAGCUACAGGUUCCGACGAGGAUCCGCUUCGCGAUUACGCAGUGCCAAUCGAGUGGAUUAAGCAGACAGGCAGCGAUCUUACGAGCAAGCGCCAGAAGUUCCAGGGAGAUGAGCCAGAUGCAAAGGAAGUGGCCAAUUUGCAAAACCUCAAGGCCGAGAGCAGAUUCGUUCCAGUCACGGUCAAGACCGAGAAGCUCAGCCCAGAGGAACAGAGUAGCAAGAACAUCGGCGACUUCCACACUCUCACGUCGUUGCAGGCGCUCGCAAGGGGCAUCGACGACGAGAUCCUCGACGUCAACUCGCAGCUGCCUGCUGCUCAGAACCAUCGCCUGGCAGGCGUGCUCGCUACCGACAUGGAUAAGUCCUUGAAGAAGGCCAAGGCAGCGCAGAACAGCGCUGCGAAGAUGCUCACGGACAAGGACUCGGUGAAGAGGGAAUCGAUGCCAGUAGCGAUGGCCGCGGUCGAGGCGCUCAACAAGGAGUGGGCAGAUGUCGAUCAAUG